AGGAAAGCAGUGCAAAGCCCACGCCUAUCUGGUGGAACCUUGGCUCAAUCUCCCUUGUCAUCAAAAUCAGGGGAAUUUUCUAGCAGUUCAGUUGGACCACAGUAUGGGGCAGCUGCAGCAACUCCUGUGCCUGGAUUGUUGCCCAAGGAAAGGGCUGGAAUAACCUCAGUUCCUCCUGUUGGAGCGACAGGAUCUUUAACAUCUAGUGCCAAUGAUUCAACACUACAACAGAACCAGGCUCAGGCUGCUGCAAAACAAAGACAGAAUUCACUUCCAAAGACGCCAGUAAUCAGUGGUGUUGGCUCUCCUGCUAGCGUGGGCAACAUUAGUGUUGCAUUAAAUGCAAGCAGUCCUUCUGUUGGAACCCCACCUCUGGUUGAUCAAACAAUGCUUGAGAGGUUUUUAAAGAUUGAUACAAUUAUGAUGAGGCACCAAAUAGACCACAAAAAGAACAAGGCAGGUUACCCAGCCACAAAGCCCGGUGCCUUCCUGACUGAGAAUCUUUUGGUAUGUCUACACAAUGUUUCCAACGAUGUGAAUUUUAAGGAUGACUCAUGUGCCAGACCACUCUUGAAGUCACUGGUAGGAGGCAGCACGAAUAUUUGCAAGACUAGAGUCCUUAAGUUUUCGCAGCUAGAGCAAAAUCUUCAAGGGACUGUUGUCUCCUGGCCUCAGACCAAGAUGAUCAUGUCAGAGAAAUCAAGCGAUGGUACCGUUGCUAUGCACUAUGGAGAUUUGGAAGAGGGUGAUAUUCUGGCUUCAGAGGAGCAUCUUCCGACACUACCAAAUACCCAUUUGGCAGAUUUGCUUGGAGCCCAGUUAUGCUCAUUGAUGACACGCGAAGGAUUUUAUGUGGAAGAUCAGGUCCAACCAAAACCGACCCGCAUGAAUCUUGCUCCAAGCAAUCAACCUAAUGCUCCUGGAAUUCCUCAUAAUAAUUCCAUUGCCGAUACCCGCUGUCCUGAAGGAGUUUCAGGUCAAUUGUCCAGUGAAGUGUUGCCUACCUCUAAUAGUGGCAAUGUAUCUCUUAGUUCAUCUGUGAAUAUUCCUCCACAUGCAAGGAUGCUGCCUCCGAAACCCUCAUGCCUCACAAAUAGCUCCGGAGUCUCUGUGCCUGGACGGCCACAACAGCUAGAUUCACAGUCCUUAUUGCAGCAACAGACUCAGCAGCUGCAGCAACAACAUAACCAAAAUCCUAUGGUUCAACAUCUUGCUCAGUUUCCAAGAUCCACAACGAUGCCUGGUACAAAUCCCCUCUUGCACUUGAAUGCCAGCCAGAAUACUAGUAUUCAGUUGGGCAAUCACAUGGCAAAUAAGCCACCACCUCCGCAUCUUCAGAUUUUACAGCAGCAACAGCCACAGCAAGUGCAACAGCAGCAGCAGCAGCAACGACAAUCGAUGUUGCAAAGACAAAUGGUGAUAGGAGCUGCUAUGGGCAUGGGAAACAUGGGUGGUAACUUGGCUGGGCUUAGUAGCAUCAGUAACACCAUAAAUAUGGCAGGCGCAAAGGGGAUGGGAGGGCCUGGAAUGUCAGCAUCCAUGGGCCAAAUGCCAAACAUUGGUCAGGCCUCUCACAUUGGCAACCAGCGACUGAUGCAACCCGCUAAUUUGCCAAGAUUUCAGGGGGCGAGGCAGAGUCAAGCUGUGUUAGGGGCUCAGUCUGGCAUGGGUGGUGUCUCUGGACCUCGACCGAUGCUUCCGGGCCCUGCUGGCCUGCAAAUGUUGGCCUCAAAUCGAGCUAACAUGCAGCGUGCAGCAAUGGGGGCAAUGGGCCCACCAAAGUUGACAGGGAUGAAUCCGUAUAUGAAUCAGCAGCAGCAGCAGCCAAUGCAGCUGCAGCACCAGCAGCAGCAGAUGCAAUUGCAACAACAGCAACAGCAAUUGCAGCAGCAACCACAGCAGCAACUCCAAUUGCAGCAGCAACAGAUGCAGCAGCAGCAGCAGCAGCAGCUGCAUCAGCUUGAAACAACCUCACCCUUGCAAGCUGUUAUGUCACCACCACAAAUAAGUUCACCUUCAAACAUGGCAAUUCCACAAUUGAGUUCACAAUCCCAACAGCAGCAACAGCAGUCUAGUCCCCAGCAAAUGAGCCAAAGAACCCCAGUGAGCCCACAACAGAUCAGCUCUGGGACUAUGCAUGGCAUGAGUGCUGGUAAUCCAGAAGCUUGUCCCGCUAGUCCACAGUUGAGUUCUCAGACCCUUGGCUCAGUUGGCAGUAUAAACAAUUCUCCUAUGGAGCUACAAGGUGUUAAUAAAAGCAACUUGAGCAGUGCAUAAUGAAGUCCUGUCCUAUGCGAUUCUGAAUCGUUUCUUAACUUAGCAGAGAAGUCGAAGGAAUUUUUUAGAGGUUUUUGUUUUUAUAAGAUGGAGCGGAAGAGGUAGUUGUUGAUAAAAGUGCCAGUAUAAUCGACACCGGGGCUUUGAGGAGGGGGCAAGGCACAAAUUUUCACCUUGGCUCUCUAGGAAAGGGCUGCUUUUUAGACUCAAUUGAUCUCGAUGCUGGAAAUCACCAAUAAGUUGAUUAAAAGCAGGACACCUGCACUGUGAUCUGUCUCUUGUUUUGAUGUCCGAGGUGGAUUUUACAUACAAUAGCAUGGAACUCACGGCGGCGUAAGAGGACAGUAAGGGGAAAGAAAGAAACUCACGAACAGCAGAGGAGAAUCAGAUCUUGGAUUCUGAGAUGCGAAAUUUGCGAUGUACAAGGUUGAAGGAUGAAACGGAAUGAUGUAUGUGAAUUUUCAAUCAGUUGAGCCGGAGCAGUGAGCAUGUCAAGACUGUCUACUUCCUUUCCCAUUUUCUUUUCCUUCUGGGUUUUUCUGUUUUGGCUGACUUUGUGGUGAAGACAUAUACUCUGCAAUCCCU